AUGGAUUCCGAAGUGGAUUUAUCUGAGCUUGAUGACUGGUUGGGAACGUUGGAAGAGUUACAGUUGGGAUUAGAUAAAAACAAAACCACAUGGACAAGUGAGAGAUCAGCAAACACUAACUCAACAAUCAAGCAACCUUCCAACCCCUUUUCCAAUGUGAACCAAACAUUUCUCGGUGAACCACAAAGUCCUCGACAUUGCGGUCCACCUCCCACUUGGGGGUUUGACAUGCACUUGGACCCUAUGGUGAUGAGGUCUAAGAGUCCAGUUCGUUUGCCCUUGACGAAUCCACUAACCAAUGAACAGAGGCAGGCACUUCAAUCGUCCAAGAUCGUCCCACAGCCUAUCAAUCCCAAGUUAUUAACCAAUGGGCGGGAACAACUGGGCUGUUCGCUGUCAGGACGGCACAUCAAAGAAGCUGCAGUCGAACGAGAUCUGAGUUGCCUACUACGUGAUCUUGAAUUGGUGGAACAAAGAAUGAAAGAGUUGGAGCAGAGUGGCAACACGUUCACGAGAAGGUACAGCUUGGCCUCAUCUCCGUCGUCCGAUCAACCAGCGGUGACUGCUCACUUGCAAAGUUGUCAGCGGCACGUCACACGGGAGGACGAUACACGAAUCAUGAUUUCGCAACCAACCGGAGACAAGGGCUUCAUCUCCGCCCAGUGGGCAGCUGAGCUUAAUAGAGACAGGCCCUACCUCUCACCACCUUUUCCCCCAUCCGAUUCCCCUUCUCCGUCAAUGUUGCCAAAAGCGAUCUCGCAGUCCAAAUUGACGGCACUGCCGCCACCCCCGGCCUCCUUCGGCGCUGGUGAUGCUUGUGUGAGCACACCGAAUUCACCUCCGCCGCUCCCACCAUCCGCCUCACUUCAAAAUCAGACCGACGUUGGAUUUUGGCUCGUGAGGAACAACAUUUCUCAAUAUCCAUGCAGCCAAAAGAUAACUACGAACGAUGAGAGAAAUGACGUCGAUCGCGGUCAGUCUAUUUAUCGAAACGACUUCGAAAGGUUGGCUUCACCGUAUGAACAGUUUGACCAUUCCAAGCAGCCUAUUAGCAACGCCAGCCAACCCAGAAAUGAAAGGAUCACAAUCCCCACACUUGAUGAACCGUACCAUGGGCGUUUACAUGUUUCUCCGGAUGACAACCCUGCUUAUUUGGUAAACUCCGCUCAAAGUCAUACCUCUCCCGCGGGCAGUUCCUCAAGGCUCUUAGGGAAAACCUCUUGUGAGAUGGGGCAUCGUACAGAUGAGCAGCAUCCGGUGGCUAUGGUUCACGCGGCCUCUCACGGUCACUCACAUUCAUUGGUGACCAAGGAUGUGGAUGAAGAUGGGUCACUCAGUGACUUCAGCAGCUGCAGUCGGAGCAAUCCCGCUGUUGGGUUCGACUCCAGCAAGACCCACACUCUCUCCCCUCGCGAACAUCACUUGCUCAAUUCAUUCAGUCCAGAAAGUUCACUUUCGGGAAACUCGCUCCCGGAACAUCCUCCAUGCAGACAAACGGUGCGCUCUCCAUGGUGCAGUACGGACACAGCACUUGUGAAAAAGGCAUGGCUAGGUAAAGAGUUUGCCGAACUCCACCGAUAUACCAGUGCAGACGCAGUCCAGCUCAUGCUUAGCAACAUUGAACAGACCGGGUUCCCUGAGUGGAAGGACUAUUUGUACAUACGAAAACCUGGGGAGAAAACGUGGUCAAGACGACUCUGCAUCCUACGCAGUUCCGGCAUUUACACAUCGAAAAAGAACAAGAAAAACCUUUCUUCCACAGAUCUGAUCCGCAUUCUGGUGUUGGAUGAGAAACUACAGUUAUACACUACCACUGGUGGAUGGACCAGGUUGAGAGCACCGACCCCGCACGGAUUCGCAUUUAAGCCCUAUUCCGCUCAGGACCCGACCUCCAUGAAUGUGUUCUGCUUUUGCGCCACAGAUGACGGAGCCAUGCGGCAAUGGGUCUGCCGACUGCGGAUCGCAAAACAUGGCAGGCAACUUUACACAAACUACCAGAAUUCACUGCAACGAGUCCGGCGCCUGAUGGCAUUGCGGUACACAUCGGGCAAUGGUCCGAACCAUCUAAAUGGGUCAUUGAGUGCAUGCCUACAGCGUAAGUCUUCGUUCGAUAUAAUUUCUUCUUCAACACCGUCGACGCUUUCCGCUCCUGAGCGCUCGGAAAGUCUGAGCAUCCGGACAGGUUCACCUGCUUUAGAAAGACGAAGCCAACUGAAGCAGACAAAUUACCAGAAUCACCUAUGCAAACUUUCCUCCAAGAUGGACCUCUCAGUUUCUACGCAUCCUUGUCGAUGCUUUGGUGAAUCAGUUGGACCGGUCUCACCACUACUUCCCCGGAUUCAACGUAUAUGUACACAUGCUUCUUUGGAUGACAGCACCCAACCAAUUUACAGAUAA